CAGAAAAAAUGCUAAAAAGGGCGCGGGUUUGCGAUUUGGAGGGAAGUGCAGUGAUUGGUUUUCAACUGAAACAUUCUGACCAAUAGGCGAGAGGUACGUUAGCUUUAAAAGCGGAUUGUCGCGCCUUAGAGAGGUAUUCGUUGAUCCUUGAGAACCAACUGAGCAACAUGAGCGGAAGAGGCAAGACCGGAGGAAAAGCCCGCGCUAAGGCCAAGACUCGCUCUUCCAGGGCAGGCUUGCAGUUUCCAGUCGGUCGCGUUCACAGGCUUCUUCGCAAGGGGAACUAUGCUCAGCGCGUCGGUGCUGGAGCUCCAGUGUAUCUGGCCGCUGUACUCGAGUAUCUGACCGCUGAGAUCCUGGAGUUGGCUGGAAACGCCGCUCGGGACAACAAGAAGACCCGUAUUAUCCCCCGACAUCUGCAGCUGGCGGUGCGUAAUGAUGAGGAGCUGAACAAGCUUCUGGGUGGAGUGACCAUUGCUCAAGGCGGUGUGCUGCCCAACAUCCAGGCCGUGUUGCUGCCUAAGAAGACCGAGAAGGCCGCCAAAAAGUAAACUGCGAAGAUAGUUUUUAAACCAAAGGCUCUUUUAAGAGCCACCCAUUUCCCCCUUAAAAGAGCGAUUUUAUUUUCAAUGUCAAGCUAGCAUUUGAAUAAAUAAAUGCCCAAAUACAGUUUUGCUCAAAGUUAUAAGAUGUUAA